AUGAAACAAGAUCAAGUCACCUGGGCAUCGAUGCCCAGGAAGGAUCAGCUUUUGAUCCUGUGCUUCGUCCGCAUCGCGGAGCCAAUAUUGAGGAUUUCCGUUUACAUAUAUCUCUACUACCAACUCCAGUUCAUUAGCCCAGAGCUGUCAGGCGAAGAGAUCAUUAGGCAGGCCGCCUACCUGCAGGCAGCAUUCUCACUUCCACAAUGCUUCGCGUCACCGUUCUGGGGAAAGCUCGCGGAUUCUCCGAAAGGGGGAAGAAAAUUGGUUAUGUUGAUUAUCGUCACCGGCCUUUCGUUUGGCUUCAUCACGAAAUUCUGGCACGCCGUGGCCUUGCGUGCUGUAGAAGGCAUCUUCAAUGGCAACGUCGCCAUUGCGAGGACCAUGAUAUCAGAAGUGGUCAAAGAGAAGAAAUACCAGGCCAGAGCAUUUGUGCUAUUCCCCAUAUCCUUUAAUAUAGCUGCGGCCCUAGGUCCCGUUCUGGGUGGUCAACUCGCCGAUCUAGGCAGCAGAUUCCCAGACACUUAUGGCAAUUCUCGGUUCCUGAAGAAGUGGCCAUACGCACCGCCAGCAAUCGCAAAUGGGGUCUUGAUGAUCAUUUCAUUGAUACUCGUAUUCUUUUUCCUGGAAGAAACGCACAAGUCACUUCAAGAAAAAUACGACCUUGGACUUGCUUUAUCACGGCCGAUCCGAGAGCGUCUAUUCGGCCAGGCCUCGAAGUCUAAGCACAACGACACCCGUGAAAGUGUCAUUGCCACCGAGGAAGAAGAGGGACUCAUGGAAGAAGGGCCCGACAGCAUAGAGCUAGAAAGUCCUGACGACGGAGGCAAAGCAGAAUUGGAGAAGCCCAAACCCACACGUAUCCUACCCCUGAGACGAAUGUUCACUCCCCUGUUUAUUCUCACGUUGCUGUCAUACUCCAUCCAGGAGAUACACAUUACAUCUUACAAUACGCUGUGGUCGAUAUUUCUCAGCGAUCCUAUUGGCGACAGGAGCGGCAGGGUGCUCCCGUUCCAAUUUGGCGGUGGGGCGGGCAUGAAACCCAGCGAGCUGUCUCUGUCAGUGUCGUUGACAGGCAUAGUUGGCCUCCCAUUCCAGCUGCUUGCAUAUCCUCGUGUGAGCCAGCGUCUGGGGAUAUUGAAGAUGUGGAGGAUCUUUCUCCGAGGCUAUCCACUUUUAUAUCUCGUCGUCCCCUUCAUUGCCCUUGCUUCGGUGCCCUCCGCUGAUGGCCAUCACGGAGUGGUAGUGUGGGUCUUCAUCAUCAUUGUUCAGGUCUUCCAGGUCAUGGUCUCCAGCUUCGCGGUGCCAGCACAAUUGGUACUAACAAACAUGUGA